GUUCCUCUCGCAAAGGGGCCAAGCUGAAUCAAUCGUUUUCGCCGCCGUGGCUCCACCGCCGACCGUCUCCCACCUAAUUCCAAGCGUUUCCGUUCUACAGUCUCCGCGUCGCUCACUAUCGCCACUCUCCUCUCAUUCAUUCUUCACAGGAAGCAGACAAUUCAAAACCUGCUUUUGCCUAUUUACCAUUUUAAGCGGCCACAACCUCUCACAAAACCCUACUAAUCUCCCUACAACUUUGCAUUUUCAUUUUCCUUCCUUACGCACACAUAUUCAUCUCUGAUUCAGCCAAAUCAAACUUUCAACAAAAAUGAUACGCAGGACAUGUACAAGACAAUGGGCUUUCCACAGGCAUGUCUGGAAAUCGGCAAAUAGAACGUUAUCCAGUGGCGCAGAAGCCAAGUUCCCUGGUGCACCCAUUGAACAAGGAUCAGCAGACAAGCAAAGAUGCGAAAGCAAUCUUCCUGUGCAUGAUGUUGCUAUUGUUGGAGGUGGCAUGGUUGGCAUGGCUCUGGCUUGCUCUUUGGCAAAGCUACCAUUGACAAACCAUCUGAACGUUGCCAUCAUUGAUAGCAAUCCAGCAUUACAAAGUGGUCAAUCUAUCAAGAAAGAGGCUCCCCCAGAUCCGAGAGUUAGUACCGUCACCCCAGCAACUAAAGCUCUCUUUCAAGAUGUUGGUGCGUGGAAAUAUGUGGAAGAGCAUAGGCAUGCUUACUUUGAUAAGAUGCAGGUUUGGGAUUAUACUGGUUUUGGCUAUACAAAGUACCAUGCAAGAGAUGUGAAUAAAGAAGUACUAGGGUGCGUGGUGGAGAAUAAAGUGCUUCAUAAAUCUCUGUUAUCAUGCCUCCAGGAUUCAGGUUCCCAGCAUAAACUAUACCCUCUCAGAUUAAGCUCAAUGCACUUGGAACCAGCUUCUGCAUCAAGCCAUCAUGGAUCUUUAGCAAAACUGGAACUUAGUGAUGGGAAUAGUUUGUAUGCAAAACUAGUGGUCGGAGCGGAUGGGUCCAAAUCACGUGUCAAGGAGUUGGCUGGAAUAAGCUCAACUGGAUGGAAGUAUUCUCAAAAUGCAGUUAUAUGUACCGUGGAGCACAUGGAGGAAAAUCGAUGUGCUUGGCAAAGAUUUCUCCCUAAUGGUCCAAUUGCCCUUCUCCCAGUAGGAGACAAGUUCAGCAAUAUCGUUUGGACAAUGGACCCUGAAGAGUCGUUAAAUCGCAAAUCAAUGUCUGAGGUUGAUUUUGUGAAAGAAGUAAACCGAGCUCUGGACAGUGGCUAUGGUCCUCGUCCAAAAUCUCAAUCGUUGGGGGGUGUAUCUCCAUUCUCUUGGUUAACUGCCAAAAAAGCAGUAUCAGCCUAUGAUUAUUUUGAAAUCCCACCAAAAAUCACCAAACUAGCCUCUGAAAGAAUGGUGUUCCCCUUGUCUCUUAAGCAUGCCAACUCUUAUGCCACGAAACGCGUUGCUCUUAUUGGUGAUGCUGCACACACUGUUCAUCCUUUAGCCGGUCAAGGAGUUAAUAUGGGAUUUGGAGAUGCGUUCUCUCUCUCAAACGUUAUUGCUGAAGGCAUUGCAGUUGGAUCUGAUAUCGGUGAGGUUUCGUUGCUGAGAAGAUAUGAAUCGGAUAGGAAACCUGCGAACCUAACAAUGAUGGCGAUCCUAGACGGCUUUCAAAAGGCGUACUCUGUUGAUUUCGGACCAUUAAACGUGUUGCGUGCCGCAGCAUUCCAAGGAGUACAGAAUCUUUCACCGCUAAAGAGAAACAUCAUAUCUUACGCCUCAGGUGAGCAGAGAUUUCCACUUUUUUCAUGACCUUUCAAGUGCCAAAUAAAUCUUAGAUUGUUUUUAUUUUUGGGUAGUGCAUAAUGUGAAGUUCUAAUAAAAAACCUCUCUACUUUCACUUUGUUGGGGUUAUGUCCAUCCGUUAGAAAAAUAUUUAAAGUUUGACCUAUUUAUAUCAAAUCCUAUAUUUCGAGCUUUUACCUA